AAAAAACUUUGCAAGACUCUCGACUAGACGCCGCUCUGGUUUUUCCUGUGUUUCUGCCCUAGAACCCGCAAAUUCUUUCAUUCGCCUCUGCUCGUGUCUGUGUCGUGAGUGUGACCUUGCCGGAAUCCUGUUCUUCUCUUGUGUCCGUCGUCAUUGUGGGUGUUUGCUGCUUCGUUGUCGUGGCUUCAAGCUUCAAGUUCGUUGUUGUUAUUGGCCAAAAUCUCUUGUCUUCGCUGCUGCAGGUGGUGUCGUUCUUGUCUCCUCGCUGGAAUCCACAACCUUCAUUGUCGUUCUUGUUCUCGGCCAAGUCCCUCGUUCAUUGGCUUCAAGCUUCAUCUUCAGAGUUUAGCUCCUUCGUGCUCUUCAAGAUUCUUUUAGAGCUCAACUUCAUCUGUGCCAGGCAAGAGGGCAAGAGGAGGGAAAGGAGGGAGGAGGAAUCCAAGUCCUGAGUUACCCGAUCUCCUAAUAAGGCAAAUGAACUGCUUAUUAGACUUUGAUUUGAUUUAAGUUUUAGUAUUCAUUGGUUUUCAGUGUUGUAGUUCUCCGUCUGCUUUAACUUUUCGUUGUUCAAAUGUGGAUGGUCUUAUUGUGCUCAGAUUUAUACCAAACAGCAUCGUUUUGUUGAAGUGGACGUGCAGGGGUAUUGGCUUCUGCGUUGCUUGCCGACCAUCUCGUCGUCGCAGGCUUCUUGCAAUUUGCUGUCGUUUGUACCUCCGCUCUCAUCGAUAUGUCGGUGGUGACUAUUGACUAUUGACUAUUCCGUCUUUCUGUCAGUUUAACUUAACCCUCACUAGUACAUCCUUAUGGAUCCUCAGAAUUAGCCACCACCACCUCUCAUGCAUGGCAAAGAAAGACAAAGCCAUUAAUCGAGAUCUCCUUUGGAUAAAAAUUUGGUGAAGCAGGUGACAAUUCCCACUAUUGUUCUUUUCAGUUUCUUGGCUGACAAUCUGCGAUUUUUCUCUCCUUUUGUCGGAGGAAUCUGUCAUGGUUUCAAGGUUCACACGGGGGGCAUCUCAUGAAGCCGAAAAUCAUAUUGAGCUUUCCCUUAGACAAGCGUUUGAAUGUCUUGAGCCAAAGUUAAGGCCCCCAUUCUCCUUAACAAUCCCGAAUACUGAUGAAUACUUGGAGCUUAAUCGGGCAAUCCUCUGCGGUAUUUUGUGCGAACCCCAUUUUGCCAAAAUCCAUAUCAAGCACUUGCAUGCUAUUGUUUCUGAUGGGUACGCAUUUUUUGUUGAUUUGCUUGUCAAAAUUGUUCACCAGUUGUACCCAAAGCUUCUUGUGUCAGUGAAAAAUCAGUUGAUUUGGGUUACCAAGGAAAUGUUUGAUGUGCUGGCAGUAGGUUUUGAUUGUUUGUUGGUGUCCCUUUUGAGGCAAAUUGUUGAAGGAGAUUUUAGUGAUGGAAAUUUGUGGUUGUGUUUUGAGCUUGCCAGCUUCUUUCUUGAUAAGUGGAAUUGCAUAUUAGAUGAAGAACCACUACUUUUGUCAAGUGCUUUGUAUGUGUAUCUUCGCCUAUUAGCUGAUCAUUAUAGGUCAACAAAUAAUGAAAAGUUAGAGAGUCUAAAGCGAUUAGAGAUUGAUUUAUGCGUCAAAAUUGUGAGGGAAGAAUUCUGUUUAUGUUUGAAGAUUGGGAGGGAUAUCGUCUGGUUACUACAAAGUUUGUUCCAUGUCCCUGAGUUUAGAGCUAUAUGGAAGGAUUUGGUAAUGAAUCCAUCUGAGUUCAAGACACCAGCAUUUACAGAUAUUUCACAGCUUUACUUCAUAAGGACUUCAAGUAGGUAUUUUUUACUUCGGAUCACUCCUGAAAUGGAGUCCUAUCUACGGUUUCUGCUAACGCAUGUGAAGUUGGGACAGCAAAAGCGCCACCAGAUGUGGUUUACAAGGAAGUUUCUCAAUGAGCCAAGUAGAGAGACUGUUAUAGUUGAUUUAGUUCGAUUUAUAUGUUGUGCACACCAUCCACCAAAUGAGAUCAUUCAGUCAGAUAUUGUUCCAAGAUGGGCUGUUAUUGGUUGGCUUCUGAAAUCUUGCAGGAAAAGCUAUGUUGAGGCCAAUGUAAAACUGGCCUUGUUCUAUGAUUGGCUCUUUUUCAAUGAAAGUGUGGAUAACAUCAUGAACAUAGAACCUGCAAUGUUAUUGAUAGUGCACUCUAUUCCCAAAUACAUUGACAUGACUCACACUCUUGUUGAAUUCUUGUUACAUCUUGUGGACAAUUAUGAUGUGGAACAUAGAGAUAUUAUAAUUAAAGGCGUGUCAUCAGCUUUGCAGGCACUUGUCCACAAAGGCGUGAUUCACUCAAUUGAUGUUUUGACCAAGUGUUCUACACUUUCCCCUGUACUAAAAAAAGGCCUAGGAAGGUUAUUGUUUAGUGCAUAGUAGGUAUUUCUAGCAGGCGGCUUCCUGUAUACUUUUCCCAUAGCCGUCUGAGUUUCUCUAAUUGUUUACUUAAUCAAACUCAUGGAGUCAAAAUGAUGCAGAAGUAUGUGGGAAUCAAACAAUGACAAAUCCGGAUUCUUGUAAAAUUGAAUAGAAAGUUAUGCAGCAACUUUGCUUUCA